GAAGACAUGGAGCGCUAUGGACAGUCUCCACGAAUCCAGUAGGAACCUCUCAGCUGAAGACAGAAACAUUUCUCAGUGAAUAAACAAACAAUUUGAGAGAGUGGACGGCAGAGAAGGGUGGCCCGCGUGAGGAUGGAGUGCGCAUUUGACGCACAAAACCUGAUCUCCAUUUCUUUGAGGAAAAUCCAAAGCUCCAGGACGCAGAGAGGAGGCAUCAAGCUCCACAAGAACUUACUGGUAACGUACGUGCUGAGAAACGCCAGGCAGUUUUACAUGAGCAAAAACUUGUCGCAGGCGCACAGGACGCACCACUACGAGGACGCAGCCGCAGUCCCAGAAAAGCAAGAUUAUCUCGAACUGACCGGGAGCUUUACAGAGUUUUCGGAUGACUUCUACUACAACUUUAGCGGCGUGGAAUCGGACACUUGGCACUGCGGAGCGCACUCGCACGGCGGCCAGCCUGUGGAUGUGGCGCACCAGGACGCGCCUGCCUGCGCGAUGGUUCCACAGACUGAGCUCAUGGUUCCCGACGCCUGCUGGAGUUGCGCAGAGAAAUCCUCCUGGGAAUUACCUGUCCCAAACACGCAAGCCAACCAGAAGACGGUCCUGGACUUGGACACGCAUGUGGUGACUACGGUUACGAACGGAUUCUUCCACUCUGACUGUUGCGCGCAGCCCAGACAGCCGCAGGGCGCGCACACUUAUUACACUAAAAAGCGAAAGAUGGACACAAGUUAUUAUAUCGUCGAUCCAGAGUUUUAUUUGCCGGACUUUGGGCCAGUGCCGUGCAAACGAAUGAUGACUGACGAGGACUCGUAUUUGGACCCGGAGCAGUUGGACACGGCGAACAUCUCCAACCUGAUCUCGGUGCUGGGUUCAGGUGGACUCUCCGAGUUCGUGAGUUGGCAGCAGACGGACCUCGAACAAAUAUUCGUCACUCAGACAAUUUGUUUAAAACAUACACUGUUAUCAGGCAACGGUUGGACCAGAGCAAUCGAAGCAUUUUGAUUUGUACCACUUUUUUUUUGUACCUCUUUUGUCUUUUCUUUGAAAUAAAUGGUGACAAUACUGCAAAGCUCUCUGCUCACUUAUUUAAAAAAAUAUAUAUGUAUGGAGAUUAUGUCUAUUAAUCCUGCUCACUGACAUUUAUAUAAUUAUCUGACGGUAAAAUUAAUUGCACCUUUAAUUUAAAGCCUUGGUGGGGGGGGGGGGGUGGGGUGGGGGGGGGGGGACUUGGAGUCUGUCUUUGGUUUGCGUUUCCUGCAGAUAAAAAGUUGUUGCUGUUUCUCUAGAAGGACGUUGGAAGAGUGCCACCAUGUGGCCGAUAAAGAACUGUACAGCCUCGUGCACCAGAUCAACGCAGACUGGCGUUCUGUAAAUGUGUUAUUUAUAUGAGGGCCUGCACUUAUUAAUCAAUAAAACUUCCAUAAUUUAA